CAGCCGUACGUAUCCGAUCUGAUCUGCCUCCAUCUCACCGAGAUCCAAUCCAACUCACAAUGAACCAAAACUCCUAUGCUUCGACUCCAUAGCUAGAUUCAGUCUAUACAUAUACAUCAAUAACGAAUCAAGUCGGAAAAGCUUAUCUCAAAUGAUCGCAGUUUCUGUGAAACCCUUAUUCGUUGCAAUCUUCACGCUCUCUCUCGUUCUUGCCAUCAUUAUCCUCUCUCCUUCCAACCCACUCUCUCAAGACUUGGUUUCUUCCAAUUCUGGGUAAGGUGGAUAUAUGGAAUGUUCGGAGAAUGGUGGAGUGGAGGCCUUGCAAAUGGUGGCUUCAGUGGCAUCCCACUCGUGAGUUUUAACGUUUCGGUGUUUCUGGCCUUUUAUUUUGUAACUGUUGAAGAAAACGUUUCAUCUGUUCCUGAAUAGCUUCUUUCAAAAGGGCUUCUGCCUCUUCGGUGAAUACCUUGGUAGAAGAUAUGAUUUCUUGGAACUGAGGUUUAUUUGGAAUGAAAUCAAGAUUUUGGUGAUAAUUUAGGAUUGAUUGGUGGGCAUUUAUAUUACUAUUAGUUUUCAAACUUCAAAGUGCUGGAGGAUUGAAUUUUUGGUUGAGGAAUGUACGUAUUAGGCUGGGUACUUAAAUUGUGAACUGAAAAGCUGAAUUAUACCCAAUUUUGGAAGAGUUUCACUGUGAUAGGAGUGUGUUUUGAAAUCUCGCUAUGUUUUGAACACUAUGAUGGCUAUUAGAUCCCUCUUCUCGAAGACGAGACCGUUGCACACUCGAUUGCACUCUCAUUGCAUAUCUUCGCCCCGAAAUCUCUGCUACUUUUCUACUACUGCUUCACUGUACUCAAGCCCACCGUCCCCAGACCUCGUAAACAAGAUCUCUCGCAUCCUCAGUGACCACAGAAUCCUACACCACGACUUGGAGCACUCUCUUAGCGCCUUCUCGUCACAAAUUUCCCCAAACUUGGUUGAACAAGUCUUGAAACGCUGCAAGAAUAUAGGCUUCUCUGCCCAUAGGUUCUUUAUCUGGGCUAGGGGAAUUUCAGGUUUUGAGCACAGUAUCGAGAGCUGCCGCAUUUUGAUAGAUAUCUUGGGCAGCAGCAAGCAAUUCGCUAUAUUAUGGGAUUUCUUGACAGAAAUGAGAGACAGUGAGCGUUGCGAAAUAAGCCCUGAAAUUUUUUGGCUUGUUUUUAGGUCGUACAGUAGUGCCGAUUCACCACGCGAUGCCAUUCGUGCUUUUAAUAGGAUGGUUGAGUUUGGUGCCAAGCCCUGUAUCCAUGAUCUUGAUCAGCUGUUGUUUGUGCUAUGCAAAAGGAAGCAUGUGAAGGAUGCCCAAGAGUUCUUUGAUAAAGUGAAGUUAGAUUUUGAGCCUAGCGUUAAAACUUUUAGCAUUAUGGUCCGAGGCUGGGGUGAUAUUGGGGAAUCAUCGGAGGCACGCAAGUUGUUCGACGAAAUGCUUCAGCAUGGAUGUGUUGCUGAUGCACCUGCUUACAAUAGCUUGUUGGAGAGUUUGUGCAAAGGAGGAAAUGUAGAUGAGGCAUAUGAGAUGUUGGCGAAAAUGAGGUCAAAUGGCAUCAAGCCGGAUGCUUGUACUUAUUCAACAUUUAUUCGUGCAUAUUGUGAAGUGAAUGACAUUCAUUCAGUAUUUAGGGUGCUUGAUAGCAUGAGGAGGUACAAUCUUGUGCCCAAUGUGUUUACUUACAAUUGUAUCAUAAAAAAGCUUUGCAAGAAUGAUAAGGUGGAAGAGGCUUAUCAACUUUUAGAUGAGAUGAUUGAGAGGCAAGUUAAGCCGGAUACAUGGAGUUACAAUGCAAUUCAGGCUUAUCAUUGUGAUGGCAGCGAGGUCAAUGGUGCUCUUAGGUUGAUUUCUAGAAUGGAGAAAGAAAAUUGCAUGCCUGAUAGGCAUACUUACAAUAUGGUGCUCAAAUUGCUAGUAAGAGUGGGCAGAUUUGAUAGGGCAACAGAAGUUUGGGAGAGCAUGGGGGAGAGAGGAUUUUAUCCUUCAGUUUCAACAUAUGCUGUCAUGAUACAUGGUUUAUGUAAGAAGAGAGGUAAGCUAGAGGAAGCCUGUAAAUACUUUGAGAUAAUGAUUGAUGAAGGUUUACCACCCUAUUCUUCUACUGUCGAGUUAUUAAGGAACCGGCUAAUAGGAUUAGGGUUUUUGGACGAUAUUGAAAUACUUGCAGAGAAGAUGGAACGAAGCACAUCUUGUUCCAUACAGGAGCUGGCAAAGGCAAUGAGAGGUAACAAGUCUUUUAGGAGAUCAAGAAGUGAAGAAACAGAGCUUGAAAGUGAUUGAAAACUGGAAUUAUAUAUAGUAACAAUGUUUUUCUUUACCGUCUUCUUACAUCUGCCUGAGCUUGAGUUUUUGGCUGCGAGGGGAGUAGAGAGGUGGUGGGUUUUCUCUGUUGUCUUAUAAAUUGCCUCAGAAUUCAUCUCUCACAAAAACCGCGUAGCUGAUCCAGAAUAGGCGGUGCACUGCAGCAAACUAAUCUUUUACCGACAAUUAUGUACCGGCGUUUGGGUCAUUUGCCGUUAUAGCCUUAUUGUAUGUUAUUUUGAGAUGGUCAAUGCUGGCAAUAUCAAUUGCCAUUAUAAACUCCAUGUAAGAUACGUGUAAAAAGUAUAGUGUUUCAUUUUUCAA